AUGGCUCAUAGCAUAGAGUCAUUCCUUACCUUUUGUCGUUAUCAUGCGUUCACCUUUUUGACUAUAGCUUACGUGUUGUAUAUUAUUACUGGAGGCGUGAUUUUUAUGUUGCUAGAGCAACCAGAAGAAGACUUACUAGAUGCAGAGGUGCAUGAAUUUGUAGGAAGGUUUUUGGAAGACCACAAAUGCGUGCAAGAAAGGAGCCUGCGUAAUCUGUUGCGAAAAGUGCUCUUUACGGACAGACGUGGCAUCGCUGUCUUGAAGUCUGAAAGCAAUGAGUAUAACUUUGACUUCACGUCAUCGCUGUUUUUCAUAAUAACUUUCCUUACGACAACAGGUUAUGGCGUUACUGUUCCACUGUCGGACGAGGGUCGUGCGUUUUGUAUGCUCUACUGCCUGGUGGGCAUUCCCUUGACUUUCUUCUUGUUCUCCUCCAUCACUGAUGCCCUGUUGCCAUGGGUGACCCAUGCCCCCAUACGUUACCUCCAGAUCUACUGGGGUCUAUCCCACAACAGGGCUGCCUUGCUCUGCUGCGGGGGUUUAGCUGCGUGCACGGCUACGCUGUUCUUCGUGCUUCCCGCCAUCACCCUUUGUCUGGUGGAGAGGAAAUGGACUUUCCUGCAGUCCCUGUACUAUUGCUUUAUCUCACUCAGUACCAUUGGCCUUGGAGAUUACCUGCCUGGGAGGGUGCAGAGUCAGAGUAUGCGCCUGGGCCUGGAGUUUGCCACGUCCUGUUACUUAGUGCUGGGACUUGUAGCCCUGCUUGUGGUCCUGGAGAGCUUCUGGGAGCUGCAGCAGGUACAGGCCCUGUUGCGCGUCUUUGCUGGGCCUCACGUGAGGGAGAUCAAGGGACUCUGCCUGGAUGAAAUGGUGCUGGGCGGGGACCCGUGGGCCGGUGUUAGCCCAGUAGACAGGCUCCAGUACAUGUGUCCUAUCUCCACCAUCUCGCCCCAUCUCUCUGAUGCACCCACAGCUAUUUCUGCGGAGGAAAGGUUCAUACUGGGACCACUGCAAAUGUCAAGCUCUGAGAAGGCUGCUUCCCUGUCACUUCACCCAGACACUUCUCCAGACCCACCUGACCAAAACAGCUGA